ACUCUUCAGUAAAUUGAUCUUCCCCUGGGUUAAUGAUCAGAAGAAGAUGGAUAAAUCAGAAUACUCUUCAGUAAAUUGAUCUUCCCCUGGGUUAAUGAUCAGAAGAAGAUGGAUGUAUCAGAAUACUCUUCAGUAAAUUGAUCUUCCUCUGGGUUAAUGAUCAGAUGAAGAUGGAUGAAUCAGAAUACUCUUCAGUAAAUUGAUCUUCCCCUGGGUUAAUGAUCAGAAGAAGAUGGAUGUAUCAGAAUACUCUUCAGUAAAUUGAUUUUCCCCUGGGUUAAUGAUCAGAAAAAUAUGGAUGUAUCAGAAUACUCUUCCAGUAAAAUGAUCUUCCUGGUUUAGUUAGAAUGUCUGAAAUUAACCUGAUAAAACAGAAGGAAGGAGAGGAGAAGAAUGGGGUUGAUGAUGAGCCCCAGGCUGCACAGCAAAGCAUCGAUUACGUGAACAUGCUUCAUUCACUGGAUGAAUCCAUGCUUAAGGAUCUAUCUGACAAAUCUGACAUGUUACUCAGUAUUAUUAAAGAAUAUCCCAGAGUUCGAAGUAAUGAAAGUACGAAACUUAAGAAUCCUGAAGAAAAAUUCCUGGAGGACUGGAAGAAUAUAAAUAUAGAUUCAGAGUAUAUUGAGGAAUCUGAUUAUAAAGAAGAUGUCAAAGACCAGAUUGUGGAGAAAUGGGAGAUUAAAUCAGAGUAUACGGAGGUAUCUGAUUUCAAAGAAAAAGUCAAAGAACAGAUUGGGGAGGAAUUGAACUGGAAGGAGUAUACGGAGGUAUCUGAUUUCAAAGAAGAUGUCAAAGAACAGAUUGGGGGGGAAUGGAACUGGAAGGAAUAUACGGAGGUAUCUGAUUUCAAAGAAAAAGUCAAAGACCAGAUUGGGGAGGAAUGGAACUGGAAGGAGUAUACGGAGGUAUCUGAUUUCAAAGAAAAAGUCAAAGAACAGAUUGGAGAGGAAUUGAACUGGAAGGAAUAUACGGAGGUAUCUGAAUUCAAAGAAGAUGUCAAAGAACAGAUUGGGAGGGGAAUGGAACUGGAAGGAAUAUACAGAGGUAUCUGAUUUCAAAGAAGAUGUCAAAGAACAGAUUGGGGAGGAAUGGAACUGGAAGGAGUAUACGGAGGUAUCUGAUUUCAAAGAAGAUGUCAAAGAACAGAUUGGGGAGAAAUGGAACUGGAAGGAGUAUACAGAGGUAUCUGAUUUCAAAGAAGAUGUCAAAGAACAGAUUGGGGAGGAAUGGAACUGGAAGGAGUAUACGGAGGUAUCUGAUUUCAAAGAAGAUGUCAAAGAACAGAUUGGGGAGAAAUGGAACUGGAAGGAGUAUACAGAGGUAUCUUAUAUCAAAGAAGAUGUCAAAGAACAGAUUGGGGGGGAAUGGAACUGGAAGGAGUAUACGGAGGUAUCUUAUAUCAAAGAAGAUGUCAAAGAACAGAUUGCAGAUGAAUGUAAAAUUAAAUCAGAGUAUACAGAGGCAACUGAUUUUAAAGAAGAAGUCGAAGACCUGAUAGUAGAUGAUCUGAAGAACAUUGUUAAAAAAGAACCAGAGGAAGAAAUAACAGAAUUAACCAGUGAGAGUGUGGCUGUAGGGACUGACUCCAAUCAUGAUGCAAGCAAGUCUCAAGGAAUGAGAUAUUCGUGUGAUCUAUGUUCUUAUGAGAGUACUUACGAAUCAUUAUUAAACCAGCACAAGAUAUGGAUUCAUGGUAUUGUGGACUACCCUUGUGAUCAAUGUUAUUAUCAGGGCCCCAGCCAGAAACUUUUACAAAACCACAUGAGUAGAGAACAUGUUAUGGCGGGGUACAAUGGGGAUCAUUAUAAUCAGGGCACCAGCCAGAAACCAUUAGUAAAUCCCACUUUUAGAGAACAUGGUAUUGAGGGGUACCAUGGUGAUCAUUAUUAUCAGGGCGCCAGUCAGAAACUUUCCCAGAACCACAUGAGUAGAGAACAUGGUAUUGAGGGGUACCGUGGUGAUUAUUUGUAUCAGGCCACUAGUCAGAAACUUUCCCAGAAUCAAAGGAGUAGAGAACAUGGUAUUGAGGGGUAUCGUGGUGAUAAUUAUUAUCAGGGCGCCAGUCAGAAACUUUCCCAGAACCACAUGAGUAGAGAACAUGGUAUUGAGGGGUACCGUGGUGAUUAUUUGUAUCAGGCCACCAGUCAGAAAUUUUCCCAGAAUCAUAGGAGUAGAAAACAUGGUAUUGAGGGGUAUCGUGGUGAUAAUUAUUAUCAGGGCGCCAGUCAGAAACUUUCCCAGAACCACAUGAGUAGAGAACAUGGUAUUGAGGGGUACUGUGGUGAUUAUUAUUAUCAGGGCGCCAGCCAGAAACCAAUAGUACAUCUUAAUAGUAGAGGAAAUGGUACUGGGGGGUAUCCUUUUGGCCACUUUUCUCACGGCACCAGUCAUUAACUAUCCCAGCAUCACAGGAGUAGGGAAAUUUGUACUGGUGGGAAUUCUUUUGGUCACUUUUAUCAGGGUAGCACUCAGAAACCUAAAAAAGCCAGUACAAGAAUAUUACGGAGUGACAAGAGGAAGGCAUUGAUUAUCAGCGGGCGUUCUAUCAGAGAUUGUGAUUUUAAGAGCGCCAGUGAGAAACGAGCAAAGAAGGAGAGGUUGAGAAAUCUUGGUAUUGAGUGGCAUCCUUGUCCUUAUUGUGAUUUCGAGGGAGCCUGUGAGAAUCAUUUAAGGCAACACUUGCUUAGAAUUCAUGGUAUUGGUAGUAUAGUACGCUGAGCAUACAUAAUAUUGGAGGCCAUCUUUGUGAUCAGUGUGAUUACGUUGGUG